GAUAAGCAUUUCUACCCUACGUUAGGCUUACGCAUAUGCAAAGCCGUUACUUUACUAUCUGAAUGGAAGAAUUUCACUCUUAAAUUGACGAAAACACCCUUCCAUGGAAUAUAAUACCCUUUACGCCCAAAUAUCCAUUUCAUUUGGACCUUUCUUUUCCGUAACCAUCCUCCACAACCUCCAUGCCCUUUUUGGUCAUUUCUCCUUUCGAUCCUCUCGUUCUCACCUAUUUACUACUACUACUACACACUUUCUCUUUCUCUCCCUCUCCCUCUCGUCUUUCUCCUUCUACCAUUCCAAUCCAAAAAAGCUUCUGCAAUUUUCGUUCAUGGCCGAAGAAGAUUCCACUCUCGAAUCGCCUCAUUCUCUCAAGUACAAACUCAAAUCCUCUCUAUGUCUAUCGUGCUGUUUCUCUCAUCACCGCGUCAGGCCGAGGAUCGUUCGAAGUUCCUCUCUUCGAACUCACAACAAGUCUCGCUCCAACGAUUUCCCUCACUUAAAGGAGAAGUGCUGCAAUUUCAUCUCACGGAUCGCUCGCCGCCACCGCCGUCACUCCGCCGACUUUCACUACGACGCACUCAGUUACUCGUUGAAUUUCGAGGACGAUGCCGCUGAUAAGAAGUCCGUUAACGAUCUCCGGAGUUUCUCUGCGAGGUUACCGGCCUCUCCGCCGUCGACGGUUACGCCGAAUUCCGCUAAAGCGGAAGUCGCCACCGCGGAAAUCACCGCUCAUAGUUGAUCUAAAGUUUAACCGCAGAUCUAGAAUUGUAUAAAUAGUUUUUUGCGGCGUUGCAAAAUGUGCAAUGUAGGUGCAUCCACGGGAUCAAAACUCCGAUCCCGGACGACGUUUUAAAAUUGCUUUUCUUCUUUUGUUAUUUCUCUAUUUUUCUUUCUAUUGUAGAUAAAUAAUAACGUCAUUUUUUGGAUUUAA